CUUAAAACGAAAACUGAACUCCACCACUUUGCCAUCAUAUUUUCAGCAACCAUCCAACUUGUUUUGCUGCUUUUCCUCGUUUGUGGUGCUUUGCUCUUUUUUUCCCGCUCCGGUUAUCGUCUUCGAAUAAGUUAGCCAAAAAAGUACUCUUAACUGACAGCCAUGGACUUUGUUCUGAAUAAGAUUCAUAAACAACUGGACAAUCACAGAAGCCUUGACCAGCAUCAGAAUGACUUGAAAAGGAAAGUAAUGGAAUUGAAUGGUGUGAAGGAAGAUACAGAUUCUAGAAUCAACGCAGAGCUGCAGCCAAGAAAGAAACUCAAGACGGAAGUCCAGAUAUGGUUGGAAAAUGUCGAAAGAAUCAAUGUCGAAGUUCAAAACCUUAAUGAACAAAUCGGUGAAAGCAUUACUCUUACACGUGGAUUUCAUGCAGAGGAUGUGUUAAAGAGGACAAGAGAAGUUGAGGAACUUAUUCAACAAGGCAAAUUUGAGGAAGGCUUGGUGGUUGACCAUCCUCAAUGGAUUGGACAGGUUUUGUCGACUACAACUUUAUCUGGUGAAAGUGCAAAGGCCUGUUUGGAAGAGAUUUGGCAGUGUUUGAUGGAUGAUGAGGUUGGAAAGAUUGGAGUUUGGGGGAUGGGUGGUGUGGGGAAAACAAGCAUCAUGAAGCUUAUAAACAAUCAACUCUUAAAAGAGACGGGGAAAUUCCAUAUUGUAAUUUGGAUCACUGUAUCCAAGGACAAGAGUAUUUCUAAGCUACAGAAAGACAUGGCAAGUAAGAUUGGAAUAAGCUUUUGUGGUGAUGAAGAUGAAAUAACAAGGGCAGGGAUGCUGUUUGAAACACUGUCUCGGAAGAGUAGGCUUGUGAUGAUCUUGGACGAUAUAUGGGAAGAGGUUUCCCUUGAGAAGGUUGGAAUUCCUGAACCAUCUACCGGGAGUAAAUUAGUCUUGACAACGAGAUCAUUUGAUGUGUGUCGAAAAAUGAGUUGUAGAGCAAUUAAAGUGAAGCCUUUGGUGGAAAAAGAGUCGUGGAAGUUGUUCUCGGAGAAGGUGGGUCGGGAUAUUCUAAAUAUUCCAGGGGUGGAACCAAUUGCAAAAAAGAUUGCUAAGCGUUGUGCGGGUUUGCCCUUGGGAGUAAUUACUGUAGCUUCUUGUAUGAAGGGCAUUGAUGACCUUUCUGAAUGGAGGAACGCACUAAAGGAAUUAAGUGAACACAAACAAAGUGUUAAUGGAUUGGAAGAUGAGGCGUUCCAGCAGCUGCGAUUUAGUUAUGAUCGUUUGAAGGAUCCAAAACUUCAACAUUGUUUCCUCAGUUGUGCUUUAUAUCCUGAAGAUUGGAGAAUUGAAGAGAGAGAUCUUGUUCAAAUAUGGAUUGCAGAAGGGCUUGUGGAAGAAAUGGAUAGCAGGCAGGCAGAGUUUGACAGGGGUCAUGCAAUAAUGAAUAAACUCUUGAGCAAUUGUUUGUUAGAAGUUUUUCAAGGAAGCGACAAUGACAGAUCAAUAAGGAUGCAUGAUCUUGUAAGGGACAUGGCAUUACAUAUCACAAGUGCAAAACCUCGAUUUUUGGUAAAAGCUGACAUGGGAUUAAGGGAGCCACCGAAGGUGCAAGAAUGGAGUGAGGAUUUGGAGAAGGUUUCAUUGAUGUGGAAUGGGGAGUUAGAAGUUCUGUAUCCCUUGGAAAUGUCACCACCAAAGUGUCCGAUGCUCACAACAUUGUUGCUGCCUGGUUGUGGUAUAAAGAGUAUUCCCGAAGGUUUCUUCAACCAUAUGGAUGGACUCAAGAUUCUUAAGCUUUCUCUUAAUCCUAUCAAGAGUCUCCCAAAUUCCAUAUCAAAUUUGAAGAAUCUCACUGCAUUAUUGCUUGCUUACUGUGAUCAUUUAGAGUAUGUGCCAUCGUUGUCAAAGCUUCGAGUUUUAAAAGAGUUGGAUCUUCGAGGAACAAAAAUCAAGGAAGUCCCUCAUGGGAUGCAAAACUUGUCCAGCCUGAAGUGCCUAGAUCUAAAACAUUCGAUCGUACUUGAGAUCCCGAAUGGAAUAUUGUCCAAACUUUCUUGCCUUCAAAUUUUGAAUGUUAGUGAAACAUUGGUAAGUGGAAAGGAGGUUGGUAAGUUGAAGAAAUUGGAAAUGGUUGAAGGGAGGUUUUACGACUUCCAAGACUUGAGCAUGUAUCUCCAAGCUUUUCAUGGUCGAGAAGAACCUCCUAAAUAUAUCAUCCAUAUGGGUAAAAGACCAUUUCCUGCGGCCAUUUUAACAACAAAAGGCAUUGAAUUAGGGGAUUCCAAUAUCUCCAACCAGAUUAUGCUUCCACGUGACAUUGAGGAAUUGUAUGCUGGUAACUGCACUUUCUGUUGUCACGCAAACUACCCACUUUUCUCCAGGUUUGUCCUAACCUCACUUGGCACCUUUUCCUCUCUUACAUACUUUGAAAUAAGGGAAGUGAAAAAUAUGAAAAAGUUGUUCUCUCCAAACUGCGUGCCGCUAAAUUUACAAGUGCUUAAGAUUUCAUUAUGUGUCCAAUUGGAGGAAAUAAUAGCAUUAGAUUUUGAAUCGGACGAAAGAGGAAUGCCUACCAUGGAAUUUAGCCUUCUAAAAUUAAAGAAACUUGUAUUGGAAUGGCUACCUGAAUUGAAGAGUAUUUGCAAUGUUGAUGCAGUGGUGGUUUGUGAAUCUCUUAAAUGGAUUGACGUAAGAGAUUGUCCGAAACUAAAAAGAAUGCCUCUUAAACUUCCCCAACUCCGACCAUUUUCACCUCUUAAACUUCGUAUUUAUGUAAAGCCAAAGGAGUGGUGGGAAUCAGCGGAAUGGGAUGAUCCUGAUGCCAAGUCUCUUUUGAAGCGCUUCGUGAAUUUUGUAAUCUGGUAACUUCUUUUGUAGAGUGAAUGCAAUUCCCAAGUGUUGUAUUUAUUUCAAUCAAACCUACUUCCUUUUUAAUAAUGAAAUAUUUUUAUUUGUACUGUGCUUUGUUAUGUA